UAAGUAAGUAACGGGUCUUAUCUUUGUUGGUUUCAAAUCACUACCUAUUUUUUUUUAACUGCCACCAUAUAAUUUUAUAAUAUUACGAUUUUUUCUAAAAAGAAACUCAAUAUAUUUGGCUUAAAAUAUCACCUUAAAAAUAUUUAAAGAGACUUACUGGAAACAAGCGGAUUUCAAGUCAACUUAAUUCCUGGUAAGUUCAUAGUUAUACAUACGAUUUUAAUUAACAAUGAACAGUUUUUACUACAAUUUAAAUUAUAUGAGAGUAGUAGAAAAAACUUCGUGAGUGCAUUUAUACAUUAAGAAUAAAAUUAGAAAAUAAUAUUAUUGUAGUUCAUUUAAAAAAUGAAAUAUUCAAGACAUAUACCUGGGUGACGAUUCUAAAAUUAAUUGUUGUGUUAAAUUGUAUUUAUGUUUACAGGCUACAUACUUUCUUUAAAUUACAAAUAUAAAAUAUGAUAAUUUAAAUGUUUUUAAAACAUGUAUCAUAUUGUUCGUUUUUUAUCAGUUUACUGUAUUCACACUAUGAAAUGAGUGGUAGAAUUCCUCUUAUUUGUAAAAUUUCAUGAAAUUUGAUUGGCUACAUUUAUAGUACCUAGUUUUUAUAAUUAAGAUUUCAUUUUUGUCAAUAGUUAUGAUUUACAUCAGUUAGUAGCUGUAAAACCAGACUUCGUCCUAGAAAAAAUAAACAAAAAAAAAUGCUGUGCUAUAUUGGAGUGUAUCUUAGUAGUUUUGGUGUAAAUCAGUUCACAGGAAAAUUGGAGUCUUCGAAACCGAGAGCUAAAAUCUACCAUAAGGUAUAUAAGUUUUUUGACUCGUCCGUCAAAAAAUCAAUCAUGUGGACAUUCGUCGUGUGCUUUUUGGUCUGUGCGCUACAGGUAUCCGCAGCCACCAUCGCUCAGGAGUCAGAUCCAAAAUACUGGAUUGAAAAUGGAAAACGAACGUUGGAGGAAAAGUCAAAACAAACAUUACGAACGAACACGGCAAAGAACGUGAUACUAUUUUUGGGAGAUGGUAUGUCAUUGGCCACAUUGACUGCCACUCGGAUAUUCAAGGGUCAGUUGCAGAACGUGUCUGGCGAAAGCGAACACCUGAGCUUUGAACGGUUUCCGUUCACCGGAAUAUCAAAAACGUAUUGCGUUGACAGUCAAGUGGCCGAUUCGGCAUGUUCGGCCACGGCAUACUUGUGCGGCGUGAAGGCGAACAAAGGUACGAUUGGUGUGACGUCUAAAGUAUCCAAGGGAGAUUGUCCGGCUUCGGUCUUAGAAGAACACCAAGUGACUUCCAUAAUGCAAUGGGCACAGUGGGCUGGGAAGGCGACCGGCUUCGUGACCACCACCCGGGUUACUGACGCAUCCCCAACCGGUUGUUUCGCGAGCAUCGCACACCGAGAAUGGGAAUCUGACCAAGAUAUGAUAGAUGUUUCCAAUGGAACAACGGACAUUACACAGUGUGAAGACAUAGCUAAACAGUUGAUAACAAAAGAUCCCGGUAGAAAUUUCAAGGUUAUCAUGGGCGGUGGUCGCAAUAAUUUUAUGAUGCAAGCAGCCAAUUCUACGGGAAAACGCCGUGACGAAGACUUAAUCCAAAAUUGGAAAAGUGACAAGGAGACUAGGUUUGCUGAUAAAAUAGCCAAGUACGUGACGACUAGAGAUGAAUUAGCAAAAACAGAUAUGUCUCAAACUGAUUUCGUAUUAGGCCUUUUUCACGAGAGUCACAUGGAGUACAGGUUAAAAUCAAAUGUCGAGACACAGCCCACGUUACAAGAAAUGACCAGGAAUGCUAUUCAGUUGCUCCAGAAAGAAGCAAAUGGUUACGUUCUUUUCGUAGAAGGUGGCCUCAUCGAUAAGGCACAUCACCACACGUGGGCAAGAGUUGCACUAGACGAGACGUUAGAGUUUUCUAAAGCUGUGGCAGACGCUGUAGCAAUGACUAGUGAAGAUGACACAUUAAUCGUGGUUACUUCAGAUCACGCUCACACCAUGACGAUGGCUGGUUAUCCUAAACGAAACGAGGAUAUCCUCGGGUUAUCGCGAUCACUUGCAAUGGAUAAUAAGACUUACACAACACUGAGCUACGCCAUCGGUCCAAAAAAGUCCUUCACGUAUGACAACACCUCAUGUCAUAGAGUCAACGUGACCGAAGAAGAUUUAAAACAAAUUGACUAUGAAUAUCCGAGCCUUGUCGAUCGGAAAAGUGAUACACAUGGAGGCGAUGAUGUCGUGGUAUUUGCAAGGGGACCUAUGUCUCAUUUAUUCACCGGAAACUACGAGCAAAAUCAAAUUGCUCUAGGGUUGGCUAUGGCAGCAGGAAUUUCUACUGACCCACCGACUAAUGGUUCCAAUAUUGGUAACGUUGUUCGAUUGCAAUUUGCCGGACAAACCAUUCUCACUAUUAUCACGUUGAUAAGUCUCAUGAGAAUUUUACAGCACAGCUCAUAGAUUUCAAAAUGAGUAUCAAAAUAUAUAAAUAAAGUAAUUUUACUUGUAAGUCAA